AGGACUCGAUAAGUCCAGUACGUAAUCAGCCUGGAAACUCCGGAAGGCAAUUCCAUCCUGCACUCUUCUUCCUGGCAUCUUCAACCUACUACGACUCAUCGCACAUUGGACACCGGAAUCACUGCCCAAUAUGCCGCAGCCAAAGUCCAAAAAUUCUGUUGGGCUCGGCAACACCCUUAUGAAUGACCGCUUCGGGAGGGGCAAAGGUGCCGACCGCAAGAGGGCCUCGGCCGUCACGAGAGUUAACCACACAACCGGCGAAGAGUAUAUCACAAACGAUAGAAAGGAGGCAGCAUGGGUCAAGAUGCGCUCCGUCACCGAGCAAGGUGCUCUGGACGAGUUCCUUGCCACCGCCGAGCUCGCUGGAACCGACUUCACAGCGGAGAAGCUGAACAACGUCAAGAUCAUCCACACUGACCAGAGGAACCCAUAUCUCCUGACAGCCACCGAGGAGCGCAACAUCCUGGGCAAACACAACCGGCAUAGAGCUAGACUCACCGUGCCGAGGCGGCCGAGGUGGAAUGCCUCCACUACUGCCGACGAGCUAGACCAACUCGAAAGGGAAAGUUUCCUCAACUGGCGAAGGGGCCUGGCAGAGUUGCAAGAGAAUAACGACCUGCUCAUGACCCCCUUCGAGCGCAAUUUGGAGGUGUGGAGGCAACUCUGGCGGGUCCUCGAAAGAUCCGACCUCGUCGUCCAGAUAGUCGACGCGCGCAACCCCCUAAUGUUCCGGUCCGAGGAUCUCGAAGCCUAUGUCAAGGAUGUGGACCCCGGGAAGAAAAAUCUGUUACUGGUCAACAAGGCAGAUAUGAUGACGGCGAAGCAAAGGGCAGUUUGGGCAAAAUACUUUAAGGAGAACCGGAUAGCCUUCCGCUUUUUCUCGGCCAGCCUGGCGAAGCAGAUGAACGAGGAACGCCUCGAUCGAAGCGAGCCAGAAGAAACCCCGAACGGCGGGAGUGCGAAUUCGAAGACACAAGCCUCAGGCGCAGAGAGCGCUUCAGAGGACGAUAGCGACGAAGAUGCGGAAGACUCGGGCGUUUCGUUAAGCCAGGAAAACGAUGACGAGACGAGAAUACUGACAGUUGAUGAACUGGAGCAAAUAUUCCUUAAACACGCUUACGACCCUGAUGAUCCAGAUAAGAAGCUCCAGAUAGGCCUGGUCGGGUAUCCCAAUGUCGGGAAAUCAUCGACUAUCAACGCCCUCAUCGGCGCUAAGAAAGUGUCCGUCUCCGCAACGCCCGGCAAGACGAAACAUUUCCAGACCAUCCGUCUCAGUGACAGGGUCAUCCUAUGCGACUGUCCUGGCCUCGUUUUUCCAAACUUCGCUACAACCAAGGCCGACCUCGUCUGCAAUGGUGUCUUGCCCAUUGAUCAGCUCCGGGAAUACACUGGGCCCGCCGCCCUCGUCGCACACAGGAUUCCCCAACCUUUUUUGGAGGCCAUCUACGGAAUCCACAUCAAGACCCGGCCGCUCGAGGAAGGGGGGACAGGUGUUCCGACCGCGAGCGAGCUCCUGUCGGCGUAUGCCAAAGCGCGGGGCUUCACUACCCAGGGUGUCGGGCAGCCUGACGAAUCGAGAGCUGCAAGAGUCAUCCUCAAGGAUUACGUGAGCGGUAAGCUCUUAUACGUCGAACCGCCUCCGGACUGGCCAACUGAUGGCUCGGAUUUCAACCGAGAACUCUACGAUUCAGCACAUCUCCCCGAGAAGCGCAAAGCAGCCUUGCUCGCGGCCAUGGAUACUCUAGAUAUUUCCGCUGAUGGCGAGUCGACGGCUGAUACGGAAAUUCUCGCCCUACCAACUGGUGCUAAGUCGGAAACGCUCGACAAAGCAUUCUUUAAGCGAGGCCCUGGAAACGCGGGGCAUCUGAAGAUGCCUUUCAGCCAUAAAUACACAGAGCAGGGAAAAGAGCAGGCCCACGCUAAGCACCUUAGCGGUCGAAAAGCUAGGGCAAUGAUCGCGCUCGAGACGGGCUUGGAUCCCAGUGACAUACAGAUUGGGUCGAGCAAGAAACAUUUCAAGGGCGGCGCAAAGGGAAAGGGUAAGAGGGUAGAUAACAAAAUGUUGGAUUGAGCGCGUUCGGGGUAUCACUGCUACUCGGUUUGUUCAAAAGCAUAUGGGUAGGGGCAGACAGGUUCAUACAUAGUUAUUGGGCGAGUGAAAUUCGGCGGCGACUCAAUAUCCCUCUCAUCAAACCCUUCUAUAUAUUCCCGAAAGUGCGUGAGGUGAGACUCUUAAGCGUGCCGGGGUUAGUGAUAUUAUUGAUUUGGAAGUCCGUUGUCUUGUCCUCAGGGGGUUUCUACUUGCACGUAUUUCGGAGUCGGUUACUAUCCCUGUUAACGACGGUGGUCACUACGCCUAGCCUUAACGGUGUAACCGAUAAAGACGUCUAUUUGCGCUCUACUCGGUGAGUUACGAUUAGCCAGAGGCUAGGUAUGGAUGUUAUUAUAUUGCCUGCUCCUAUCUAAUAUUACGCGAUUCUCGAUUAUUGUAAA